AUGUCUGACCACAUUGAAGAAUCCGAAGAUAACGAAGGUCUGUUCAAGGACACGUUCGAUGAGGAUACGCUUACUCAGCUGAGCAGCUUAAUCGCUUCCGGUCGGGGUGUUCGUUUGGAUGAGACACCGGCGUUUAACAUGCGACUCAUUGCCGAGGUGAAGUCACGGCGAUACCUCUACGAUCACACCGAUGAGGGAUACAAUCUGAUUCCAUGGCGAAACAAUGCGUGGGUUGAAAUCGCGGACGCGCUCGACUCUUCCCCUGAACAUGUAAAGACUCGAUGGAAGACAUUGCGUGAUCGCUUCAAAAAAGAAGAGAAGAAGGAAAAGGUCACGGGUAAGCCGGCUACUUGGAUCUUCCAGAAACCGCUACGCUUCAUACAAACCACACCUAGAGAUCGUUCUUCUGAUGAUAUUUGUGCUCUGGUUAAAGAUGAGCCAGAGAAUACGCAUAUAUCACCAAUGGAAACAGCGAUUUCGUUCAUCAAGCAGGAAAUAGAUCAGACUUCAGAAGCAGCAAUCGAGCCACCAAGCACUGAUAUCGGAACGAAUUCGCCGUCAGUAACUCCGCUGUCCUACCAAGACUCCUUCGAUCCUCCGCCUGAAAAGAGUGCACGUCUAAGUCUAGCAGAUCAGGUCCUUCCGAUUCCUCCAAGUCGGUAUCUUGCUCCUCCAAUUUGGCAACGAAUCGAGGACGAAGAGGACGAAAUAUUUGGCCAUCUCGUAGCUCUUCGACUUACGAAACUCAGUCCAAAAGUAAGGGAAAUAGCUAAGAUUUUCUUCUGCGAUCAAUUCAUUACCGAUAUCGAAGAUGUUCAGAUGCGGGUAAUGCAAGUUCUCUUCGAGGAGCAGUUUGGUGCUCAACCAUCAAUGUGA